UGUCAGGUUUCAAGCAUUGCCACCAAAACUCAGAGACCCUUACAGUCGUCAGUCAAAUGACUGUUAUGAUACAACGGCCACUACAAGCACAGUAGCAAGAUCCAGGCCGUUUGACCAUGGGUGUUUCAACAGUUACCUUUCGGAUGGCCGUCUAUCUCACCCUCAUACCCCUGACUACCCAGUCAUGCACUAGAGGCCUACCCCGUGAGUGCAAAGAGGCUGAGUUUGCCCCAGGAUCCAACCUGGCCGGUGAGGGCUUUGACAUCACCAAGAUGGAGCGCAAGGGAGCCUUCGUCAUUGACAUGAACCUAUGGAGGCGGGAGAAUAACACCUGCAUGCUGUGCGGGAACCCGUAUCAAGAGGGGAAGAUGCAGAAAGUCCCACUACCUGUGGUGGACUGGAGAGUCAGUCAGAAAUGCAGCAUGAAGGUUGCCAGCUCACAGUACCAGUCUAGUGAGUCCCUGGUCAAAGCCAGUACCACCAGUGUGGAGAACAACUGGAAAGCUGAUUUAAAAGUAGAGACCAAAAGGGGAGCUGGAUCCUUGAUGCUGGCUGGAAGCCAGUCCAAAUUGGCUGAGUACUCCAUGGAAAAAACUAAAAAGGACAAGUUUACCUUCUUGAGCCAUAAGAUGGUCUGUAGUUACUACAGCUACAGGGUUUCCAACCAGCCCCAUCUCCACCCAGAGUUUCAGCACGCCAUUAAUCAACUUCCAAAGAAAUACAGCAGUGUGAACAAGCAGCGUUUCUACAAGCUUAUCAACAACUAUGGCACUCAUUACAUGACAAAGGUGACUCUGGGCGGGAUGGUGCAGUCGGUGACCAGCAUCAGGCAGUGCAUGGCCUCUUUACAGGGCCUGUCCUCAGACGAGAUCAAGAUGUGUCUGGAUGUGGAAGCCUCAGCCAGCGUGGGAGACAAAUUCAAGUCAGGGGCAGAGAUGAAGCACUGUCAGGAGGCAAAGGAGAAGACAGAGGCCAAGAACAGUUUCUCCAACAACUUCAGUGACAGGCUCACAGAGAUCUUUGGUGGCCACACCACCGAGCCUGAGCUUCUCUUCUCUGCGGACAAAGACCCGGCUGCUUACAAGGAGUGGCUCUCCUCCCUGCCACUCAACCCAGAUGUGAUCUCCUAUUCGCUGGAUCCCCUCCAUGAGUUGCUGCCCCCCAACCUUCCACUGAGGAAACAGCUACGCAAAGCAAUUAGACAUUAUGUUCUGGAGAGUGGACUCUGGCAAAACUGCACUGAGCCCUGCAAGUCUGGCAUCAAAAGAAACGCAAAGGAGCCCUGUACGUGCAGUUGCCAUGGUGAUCCUGGUGUUGGAAGUGACUGUUGUCCCACUAAACGUGGUCUUGCUCGGGUCAUCAUCACUGCGGUGAGGGCCACUGGUUUGUGGGGCGACACCAGCACAGCUACAGAUGCCUUCGUGAAGGUGUUCAACUCUCAGAACUUGCAACUUGGACGAACCUCUGUGAUUUGGAACAACAACUCACCUUGGUGGAUCUCAGCCUUUGACAUCGGUGAUGUCCUUCUCUCUCAGACCAGGGCGGUGAAGUUUGAGGUAUGGGACGAGGACAGCGGGUGGGAUGACGACCUGCUCGGAACAUGCACCGUGGACCUCAAGGAAGGGACAAAAGAGGGUGUGUGUCGCCUGAACCACGGGAUGUUCUUCUACAAACUCCAAGUGACCUGUGGCCCAAGCCUGAGCGGCCCGUCCUGUUCUGAGUAUGUGAGCUCUCCCAUGAACGGUCACCUGGAGAGGCUGUAUGUGUCUCGCCAUUCCCGGCCCAUACCAAAGGACAUGCUCAUAAAAAUGGGAGUGUUUGGGGAUGAACACCCUACGCAUUUAAAUCUGACUAAUCCAAACUGACAUUUUCUCUUUCUUUUUUUAUCGUCUCAUUAAGGAUUUAUGUACUCAGCAAGAUUAAUAUUUAUCUAUCUUACAUUAUAUUUACUUUUAUUCACUGGGUAAAUGCUUUUGUCCAAAGCCACUUAUAACAAUCAAGCUACUGCCAGUUAGCAGACCUUUCCAGAGUAAACAGAGUAACCAGAAAGUUCUAAUUCUAGUCAAUCUGACAAAGUGCAAAAGAAGCAGAUAGAAGUAGUGCACUGUAUGUGCGAUAGUGUUAGGCGUAUUAGGGUGAUCUCGGGUGAAAAAGUGAUCUCGGAGAGAUUCUUCAAGAUAGAGAGGGAUGCUCCUGCCGUGAUAACAUUUGGUAGCUUGUUCCACCAUCAAAGAACACCAAAUGAGAACAGUCUGGACUGUAAUUGUCUUCUCUGGAGGGGUAAUAUGGCCAGACUGGGUUCCUUAGAGGAAAGCAGUCGGCGAGAAAGAGCAAAAGCUUGAAUGAUGGAGUUUAUGUAGCUGAAUACAGAUGCAAAGGAGCCCUGUAUGUGCGGUUGCCAUGGCGAUCCUAGUGUAAGAAAUGACUGUGGUCCUUAAAUGUGGUCUUGCUCGGGUCGGGGUUGUGUGUCGCCUGAACCACGGGAUGUUCUUCUACAAGCUCCAAGUGACCUGUGGCCCAAGCCUGAGUGGCCCGUCCUGUUCUGAGUAUGUGAGCUCUCCCAUGAACGGUCACCUGGAGAGGCUGUAUGUGUCUCGCCAUUCCCGGCCCAUACCAAAGGACAUGCUCAUAAAAAUGGGAGUGUUUGGGGAUGAACACCCUUCGUAUUUAAAUCUUACUAAUCCAAACUGACAUUUUCUCUUUCUUUUUUUGUUGCCUCAUUAAGGAUUUAUGUACUCAGCAAGAUUAAUAUUUAUCUAUCCUACAUUAUAUAUAUAUAUUUACAUUUAGACAACUGCAAGUAGUAGAGACCUUUCCUGUGUUUCACUAUGAUGUAUUGACUAAUAAAGCAUUUGGUAGUUGGCAAUAAAUUGCAAUUCUUUUUUAA